GCUGUUGCCAGGGAAGAGCGAGCGCCAUGGAGUGGGUGGUCGCAUUGUCUGUCGGGACGGUGGCGGUGUGUGAAUUUCUGCCGUGUGUCAGAAACGUUCGCUGAUCUCCUUUAAGGCUUAUUAGGGAAUGAAGCAGACCCCUUCUGGAGAUACAUUAGCGGACAUUCGUGUUAUUCGCGCGGCUCCUCUUUUCCUUUUCAUUUACUUUCUGAAACGAUAAGAGCAACCUGCCCUAACUAGCUAGAGCAAGUGCUUGUUGCAUUCAGCCGGCGAGAGGAGCGGCGGAGCGGGCGAGAAGAUCGCGGAGAGAGAGGGAGAGUGCCCGGCCGGUGCAGAGCCAGAGGCGGCCGAUGACUUCGGAGAGUAGCGGCCAAGCGCAACAGAAGGCGGAGGUCGAGCCGGGAUCAGUCGUCCGAGAUCAAGAGGAGAAAACCGGCGAGAAGCACAGCGGCAUGGUGACCACCAAGGGGGCCGGUCUGAAUCCCAACGCUAAAGUGUGGCAGGAAGUGUCUGCACCAACCAGCCAGGCUCCAGAGGCAGCCACAGAGACGUGCCAUUGGCCACAAGCAGAUCAUGUCUCCACUGAGGAGAUGGAGGGUUUCAAGGAGUAUGGUGUUGGCUAUGGUGACUCUGAGUCAGUCCCUGCUAUGGAGACCGGCCUGAUAAAUGGCAUUGAGUCAGCAGAACUGGCUUACCCGCUUUACGAACCAGUGGAGGGUGAGACGCUUGAGGAGCCGCCUGCACUGUCUGAGGAGAGUCUCAAGGAGUCACUAAAGAAGCAACUGGAAUUUUGUUUCUCGAGAGAGAAUCUUUCCAAGGAUCUUUACCUGAUAUCUCAAAUGGACAGUGAUCAGUUUGUCCCUAUUUGGACCAUUGCGAGCAUGGAGGGUGUGAAACUGCUGACUACUGAUAUGGACUUAAUUCUUGAGGUGUUGCGAGCGUCUCCUAUGGUGCAGGUAGAUGAGAAGGGUGAGAAGGUACGGCCAAACCACAAACGUUGCAUCAUCAUCCUCAGAGAGGUCCCUGAGACCACCCCUGUAGAGGAGGUGGAGGCUCUGUUUAAAAGCGAAAAGUGUCCGCAGGUCAUCAGCGUGGAAUUUGCACACAAUAACAACUGGUACAUCACAUUCCAGUCUGACACAGAUGCUCAGCAGGCUUACAGAUACUUGCGUGAGGAAGUCAAAACCUUUCAGGGCAAACCAAUUAUGGCUCGCAUCAAGGCCAUUAACACGUUCUUUGCUAAGAAUGGUUUUGCGGCAGACUCUGGGGUUUACUCGACUCCAUCACAGUACUCGUCUCCAGUUUACCUGCAGCAGGUGUACCAGCCUCCACAGCAGUACCCACUCUAUAGCCUACUGCCCCAGACGUGGACGCCUUCACCCACCCCAUACUUUGAAACGCCACUGGCCCCAUUUCCCAAUAGCACAUUUGUUAAUGGCUUUGGCGCAGCAGGAAACUACAAAACUGGCACUUCUCCAAUCAGCCUUGCACGUAACUACCCCCGCAACCGACUUCCACUUUAUUCCAGAAAGAAUGUAAUCAAUUCCUUCAGGAAUCAUGUAAAGCCUCGUGCUGAUGUGGGUCAGCUAACUGAAACAUCAUCUGGUGCCGGCAGUCCACAGCCCCCAUGCACCCCUUCUUCAGACAGCAUCGCCUCUACCCUCACCCCACUUUCUGAACCACCAACUUCCCCUAGAGAGAACCAGUACUCAGACCUCUCCAUCAGCAGUCGAGCCAGGAGAGGAAGCUAUCGUGGCAUGAGGAGGAGAAGAGAAGAUGAAAGAAUGAGGCCGAAUGCUGAAUCCGAGGUGAUCGCUCCAUCCCCAAAGUUUGACCUGGCAACUACUAAUUUCCCGCCUUUGCCAGGGGGGGUGUCAGGGCAUCUGCCAAGUGUGACAGUGCAACCUGAGUCUGUGUUGGAGAAUCGCAUGGCAGAUGUGGUUAAGGGCAUCAGCAAGCCAGAGGCAAGCAAGCAAGAGGUCAGUCAAGAUACUGGAACGUGUAUAGGGGAAGGACAGUCAACCGGACCCUCAGUUCCAGCGCCGAAGCCUCCCACCACAAAAGUGGAUACACCUGUAGCUAGUGUAAUACAUCAAGUGAAGAAACCAGAGAUGGAGGUUCAGAACACUGUCACACCUCCAGAAGCUCCUGCAGCAGUGACUGUAAACCCUGUCCAGCUCAUUUCCGCCCCCAAACUUUCAUGCAGCCAAUCAACUUCAAGCACUGCGUCUACCCCACCUCUUCCAGCAAGCACAAUUGUACAGGAGCCUCGCAAGCUGAGCUAUGCAGAGGUGUGUCAGAGGCCACCCAAAGACCCUCCCCCUGUGCCUGUAGCCCCACCCAGCCCUGAACCCUCUCCUUCUCCCACCCCAAACCAACCAUUACGUGAACUUCGUGCCAACAAGGCAGACGGUCUAGCCUCAUCCCGCUGCAGCCCUGGGGACAAAAUAGAGAAAGGUGAGAGUCGGACGUCAAGAGAGCAGACUGGAUACCAACGUAAUGGCCCAAGAGGGUCAGGAUUUAAGCUCAGAGAGCAACAGAGACGACCUCCACAGGGUCGACGCUGCUCGCCACAGUCGGGAUACAACAGACGCAGUGGAAAGGAGCAAAACAUCCCACCCAGAUCGCCAAAGUAAUGCCUCGUAUGCCCACAACAUGUGCACACUUAUGUGUAUACCUAGGUACACACAACUCUUUUUAUAUAUCUAUACACCCACAAAGCGAGUAUAUAAAUCUAUAUAUAAAUAUCUAUAAUCUUCAUAUAAAAACUGGACUAUCGCACUGUGGUGUCGGAAGAACCCUCUGCUUCCUGAAUGACUGAUAUGUGGGAAGUUGAUCCUUAAAAAUAGAAAAGAAAACUAGGAAUUUAUGGAAAAUGAACAGCCUCUUAAACUUGAAAAGAGAAACGGAGGCCAUGCUUCCUGUGUUGUCUGUGAUUUUUACAGAUUUAAUUAGCUUGUGAAUGAGUUUUGCUUUUUACUUGGAGUGUUUAAGGUCCUGGCACUAGUGUACAAUGCUGUACUUUUAAAAAAAUAUUUUAUUAUUCUUUUUUUAUUAUCUAUAUAUGGUGGUAGUGCUGUUGGUAAAAUGAAGCCAACACCUGUUUUCCACAUGGGAACAGAU